AUUUUGCUCCAGCAAGCCUUUCUCAAGGGAAGCUGUCCUGUGACUAGUUUCGUGUCAAGUCGCAAUGGGUUUCUGGCAGUUUGCCGCCACAACCCAGUUCUUCCUCUAUGGAAAACGCCACUUCACGAGUAGCGGUUGGGAGAUGCAUAAAGCCACCUACGAGCAGCCGGAUCUGCUAUCGACGGCGCUUGACCUUGCAGGGCAAGUGUUUAUUGUGACUGGAGCAAACUCGGGAAUUGGAAAGGAGAUUUCGCAGUUCCUUGCAACAAAAGGUGCCACUUUGUACAUGGUUUGCCGAAGCAAAGACCGUGCAGAAGCUGCCCGCGCAGACAUCGUGGCGGCCGCCGCAGGAGACUCAGCAAGCCGUGUGCAUGUUCUCUUGGCAGAUUGUAGCCUAGAGGCGGAUGUUCGCCGCUGCUGGGAUGAGUUCUGUGCCCAUCGCAUGCAACAGAGCAGUGAUGGGGUGCACCUGAAUGGCCUGGUGUGCAAUGCAGGGGCGCUGGCCAACACAAAGACUCUCACCUCUGAGAAUGUCGAAGUGACCUUCGCGGCUCACCUCCUCUUUGGCACCUACUUGCUGGGCACCUUGGCGAUGCCGUGCCUGGAGGCCACGGUGCGCUCACGCCUGGUGGUGGUCAGCAGUGGCGGAAUGUACAACACAGCCUUUCCCAAGUGGGAGGACGCGACAUGCACAGGUAGCAGCAAGUAUGACGGCCAGUUUGCGUAUGCCUACGCGAAGCGUGGCCAAGUCCUCCUGUGCGAAGAGUGGGCCAAGUCUUAUCCCAAGGUCAAGGUGAUGAGCUGCCACCCAGGGUGGACCUCUACACCUGGGGUAGAUGCCGCCUACGGAUCCAGCCAGUCAUACCUUGAACCACUCCGAAAUCUUUGGCAAGGCGCUGAAGGCAUCAUUUGGCUGUUGGUAGCAGAUGCGGCCAAGUUGCAGUCGGGUGCUUUCUACUUGGACCGCGAGCCCCAGGUGAAACACAUGGGAGGCGCCUUCUUCACUGAGGGCAGCGUGACGAAGAAUUCUCCCGGCGAGGUCGCGGACAUGAUGCGCCUUCUGGAGGACUGGGCAAACGGCCGCCGGGACAGUGCAACGAGGGUGGCCUCUGCCCCACUCACAGCGAUGGAGCGUUCCAUCGAACUGCCCAAAUUCAUGGGUGUUUGGUACGUGAUCGCCAACAUCCCUACCUUCUUCGACCAGGGGACGAGCAACAAUAUCGAGACCUACAGCUUGGACGAGACAGGAAAGAACGUCCUGGUCGACUUCACCUAUCAACAGGGUUCCUCUAGCAAGCUCUUGCAGCAGCGGGCUGAGGUGGUCAAUGACGCUUGUACACAGUGGGCGAUCUCACCAAAGAUAGGUGUAUUCAUUCCCUUGCGGCUCUCCUACUUGAUCGUGGAUUGCGCAGAGGACUACUCGACCUGCAUCAUUGGUGUGCCGGACCGCAGAUAUCUCUGGAUCAUGGCACGCACCCCUACAAUCGAAGAGAAAACCCUUGAAGCAUUGAUCAGCAAGAGCCGAAGAUUAGGCUUCGACGAGAAAGCAAUCGUGAGAGUGCCCCAGGGCCAAUAACUCAGUGCUUGGAUGGGUACCCAACCUUUUUUGGCUAAUGCGCUAGACAUCUAAGAAUGGAUAUGGCUCGGUCCCAAUAUGGGGCGGUGCUUUUCACCUCUCGCAGUUGGGCCGUGCUUCGGAGCUGAGAUUUGGGAG